UGCCGUGUGUCGGUUCCACGUCCCGUUGUCAGCUCCGCGCUCGUUCCGGGGCUCCGUGAUCUCCAGCAGCGCCGAGUCCCCUCACAAAUCCCGUCCCGUGACCUCACCGACACGUGGCGCCGCUCGUGGUUCCCAUCGCUCCGUGCACAGCUCUCGGUGCCGGUACCCGCGGCCAUGGCGCUGUGUGCGCAGGCUCCGGGUGCGCGGCCGGGACUGUUUGUUCCCAUGGCAGCAGCAAAUUCGACUCCUCCCGGCUCUCUGGACCUGAACCAGCCCGGGUUUGCGAAGGAGAUCCUGGGAACGAAGCUGGAGGUGAAGUACCUGUGCUCCGACUGCAGGAACAUAUUGAGGCGGCCCUUCCAGGCGCAGUGCGGGCAUCGCUACUGCUCAUAUUGCCUGAAGAAAAUUAUAAGUUCUGGACCCCAAAAGUGUGCGAGCUGCAUCCAGGAGGGAAUAUAUGAAGAGGGAGUUUCUAUUUUGGAAACCAGCUCUGCUUUCCCAGACAACGCAGCUCGUCGGGAGGUGGAAAGUCUGCCCGCUGUCUGUAUCAACGAGGGCUGCACGUGGAAAGGGACUAUUAAAGAGUAUGAGAGCUGCCAUGAGGGGAACUGCCCGUUCCUGCUGAUUGAGUGCAAGGCGUGCAGGGGUGUGAUCCCUCUGAAUGAGAAGCAGCGCCACUCUGAGCGGGAGUGCCCCGAGAGAACCCUCAACUGCAAAUACUGCAAAUCACUUUUCUACUUCCCUGACAUUAAGGCUCACGAUGAAGUCUGCCCAAAAUUCCCAUUGACUUGUGAUGGCUGCGGGAAGAAGAAGAUCCCCAGAGAGAAGUUUCAGGACCACGUGAAGAGUUGUGGCAAAUGUAAAGUGCCUUGCAGAUUCGAGGUUGUCGGCUGUGCUGAGAUGGUGGAAAAUGAAAAGCUACCAGAACACGAAAGCAAGUGCCUGGCAGAGCAUCUGUACAUGCUGCUGAGUUUUGUGCUCAGCCUCAAGAGUGGAUCCGGAGACCUGAAGCACCUUCCCACCCUUCCCUCGUCACAGAGCAGCUCCCCACUGCUGGCAGCAAACUCCCUUUGCCCAGAGUCAGAGCUCUUCAAGUCCCUGGAGCUCUUGGGAAGGUGUGAUGCCCUGGAGAAGAAAACAGUGACCUUUGAGAACAUUGUCUGUGUUCUCAAUAGGGAGGUAGAAAGGGUAUCUCUGACAGCUGAAGCGUACAGCCGGCAGCAUCGCUUAGACCAGGAGCAGAUCGAGACGCUGAGUAACAAGGUUCGGCAGCUGGAAAGGAGCAUUGGGCUCAAGGACUUGGCCAUGGCUGAGAUGGAGGAGAAGAUCCGCAACAUGGAAGCUUCCACCUACGACGGUGUUUUCAUCUGGAAGAUAACAGAGUUUGCCAGGAAGCGCCAGGAGGCGAUCACAGGCCGCUCUCCUGCCAUCUUCUCUCCAGCUUUCUACACAAGCAAGUACGGCUACAAGAUGUGUCUGCGGGUUUACCUGAACGGGGACGGCACCGGGCGUGGGACCCACCUGUCCCUGUUCUUCGUGGUGAUGAAAGGACCCAACGACGCGCUCCUGCGCUGGCCCUUCAACCAGAAGGUGACCCUGAUGCUCUUGGAUCAGAACAACCGGGAGCACAUCAUUGAUGCGUUCCGACCUGACGUGACCUCCUCCUCCUUCCAGCGCCCGGUCACGGAGAUGAACAUUGCCAGCGGCUGCCCACUGUUCUGCCCCGUCUCCGUGAUGGAAGCCAAGAACUCCUAUGUCCGCGAUGACGCCAUCUUCAUUAAAGCCAUCGUCGACCUCUCAGGCCUUUAACCCUCAGCACAGAGCAGGGAACGCAGAGCCGGCCCCCGGGCACUGCCCUGCAGGAAGGUCUCGGAGCAAGGAGGGGCGGAAGCGUGGACCUGGCCCUUCCCAAAAGGGGCCUUCUCAGUGCUGAAUGGAAACGCGGUGUCUGAUGGGAGCCCUCUUCCCCAGCGUCAGAGGGACCUUUCUGGAGAAGACGUUGGGGUGGACAUUGCAGGCUGAUGGAGCAGGGAUUCCUGCAAGGACUUGGAUGUCUGAACUGCCCUGCUCCAGUUUCCUGGGGGCGGUGAGCACAGCUCGCCCAGCUGCUUCAGCGUGUGGCCUUGGAGCCUUGUAGUGAGCAGGGCUUUGUCCUGCCCCAGCACUGCGGGCUGCUCUGUGUGCUGGGAGCAGGGCUGUCCCGAGGAGCACUGCCAGCCUGGGCCAUGUGGAGCUUUGGAGCUGGGAAGCUGCAGUGCUGUGCUGUGCUGUGCUGUGCUGUGCUGUGCUGUGCUGUGCAGU